AUGGCGUCGGCGCGCCGCCUGCUGCAGACCUACCCGGGCCAGUUCCAGGCCGCCGAGCCGCCCGACGCCCUCGGCGCCGACUCCGACGUCGUCGUCAUCCUCGCCGCGCUGCUCUGCGCGCUCCUCUGCGUCGUCGGCCUCGCCGCCGUCACCGGCUGCGCGCGCUCCCGCCGCGGCGCUGGGGGCACCAGAUCCGCCGCCUCCUCCGGCCCCGACGCGAACAAGGGGCUCAAGAAGAGGGCGCUCAUGGCGCUGCCGAAGCUGGCGUACGAGGACGCCGUGGCGGCGGCCGUCGCGGCGCGCGGCGGCACGGCCUCGGCGGCGGCCGGGGAGGGGCAGGAGGGGAUCCUCUCGGAGUGCGCCAUCUGCCUGUCGGAGUACGCGGGGAAGGAGGAGAUCCGCGUCCUGCCGCAGUGCGGCCACGGCUUCCACGUCGCCUGCGUCGACGCCUGGCUCCGCGCGCACUCCUCCUGCCCUUCCUGCCGCCGCGUCGUCGUCGUCGUCGCCGACGCGGCGCCCCGCAAGAUGCCGCCCGAGCCCAAGCGGUGCCGCAAGUGCGAGUCCAUGGAGGAGGCGUCCUCCUCCGCCUCCGCGACCGCCGGCGACCACAGGGCCGCCCGUUUCUUGCCAUGA